AUGGCCUUGCCACGUUUUAACCGCCUUGUUCGUUUUGUGCCACGGUCCGAUACAGCCAAGAUAUUGAUCGGCCAGCCCGUCUCUCAACACAUCGAUGUCGGCCUGGCACUUUCCCAAGGCGCUGAUGUGCAGGCUGAAGUGUUCUCUGGAAACUCAGUAUUGGCGCCCGGUGAAGCGACUGGAAAGAUAGAAGCGAUAAGUCGUGUAUUGUCGCCGCUUGCCUCGAGCGAGGUUGGGACAAUUCGCUGCAUUGGGUUGAAUUACAAGCAACAUGCAGAGGAGGUGAAACUAGACAUCCCCACUGUACCAACAGUCUUCCUAAAACCGAAUACUGCAUUAGGCGACCCAUGGCCAGCUCCAACAGUAUUGCCAAAGUUAUCACAGAUAGACGACUGCGCAGAUUAUGAGGCCGAGCUCGCGGUCAUCAUUGGCAAGUCGGCCAAGAAUGUGACUGAAGCUGAAGCCAUGGAAUAUGUGCUUGGGUACUCGGCUGCAAACGAUAUCUCAAGUCGAACAUCCCAAUUCAACACCUCUCAGUGGUGCUUCUCUAAAGGAUUCGAUGGAUCUUGUCCCCUGGGCCCGACGGUUGUUUCCAAAUCUCUGAUACCUGAUCCUUCUAAGCUUCAUAUCAGGGGCUUAAAGAACGGGAAAGUCUUGCAAGUCUGCGGGCUGGACGAUUUAAUUUUCAGCAUUCCGAAAAUCGUUAGCUUCCUCUCUCAGAGCUCUACCCUGCCGGCUGGGACGGUUAUUAUCACUGGUACCCCAGCUGGUGUGGGUGCGGGGAGGAGCCCAAAGGUUACUCUGAAGCAAGGAGACACAUAUUCUGUUGAACUUCAACCAUUCAUUGGAACGCUGAUCAACGUAUUUGAAAACGAGAUAUGA